AUGGCGGAAAAGGUCAAGAUCGCGCUCAUUCAAAUGCACCCUAAGGCCGUCGCGCAAGAGGAGAACUUCACCAAGGCAGAGGCAUUUAUCCGCACUGCCGUUUCCCAGGGCUGUUCGCUCGCCGUUCUGCCGGAGUACCAUCUCACAUCAUGGGUCCCCGACCAUCCCCAGUUCGUGUCCGCCUGCGCGCAGUCCUGGACCUACCUUGAACGGUAUCAGACCCUGGCCAAGGAACUAGGUGUCUCCAUCGUGCCGGGAACCAUUGUUGAGCCGGAUGGUGAGGAGGGCGCCGACGACUUGGACCUCCUCAACGUCGCGUAUUUCAUCGGCCCCGACGGCGCCGUGCUGGGGCGGUACCAAAAGAAGAACCUAUGGCACAACGAGAGGCCGCACCUGACCAAGGGACCGGAACCUCACGGCGCCUUCGACACGCCGCUGGGGAGGGCGGGGAUGCUGGUAUGUUGGGACCUUGCUUUCCCCGAGGCCUUUAGGGAGCUCAUCCGCGACGGGGCAAGGAUCAUCAUCUGUCCUGCCUUCUGGCUCGCGGACGAGUAUAAGCGCAACAACAGGGCGACGGGUACCACGGAGGUCGUGAACCGGGACUCGGAGAGGGUUUUCCUCGAGAACGUCACGGUGACGCGAGCGUUUGAGAACACGGCGGCUGUCAUUCUCGUCAACGCGGGCGGGCCCGUAGGGGGAGGCGGGGUGGAGGUUAGGGAGGGCGGGGCGAGAGUCCGUUAUUGUGGCGUCAGUCAGGUUGCGCUGCCGCUCGUGGGCGCGCUCGGCAAGCUGGGCGCCGAAGAGGCGAUGGAGAUUGUCGAGGUCGAUUUGGGGUUGUUGGAUGUUGCUGAGGGGGCGUACAAGGUGAGGGAGGACAUGAGGAAGGAAGGGUGGCACUAUGGGUACUCGAUCGUUAAGGAAUAA